UGGACUCUGACUCGGAUCAGUUGGACUCUCAGGAGCUUCAGAGUUUCCGUGAACUUGACAAAAAGUCAGACACGCAGCAGCUUCCGGCAUGAACGCGCUGCUGCGGCGGUGUCACGUGCUGCGGGUCGGUGCGUGGAGAGACUUCCACCUGACGGCUCCCUCGGCGACCUUUGACCUCAGGAAAGUUGAAUUGACGCCUCUGGAGCAGCGAAAGCUGACCUUCGACUCCCACAGCAUGGUGAGGGAGCUGGAGAGCAGCGGUUUUGAGAAGCGUCAGGCGGAGCUGAUCGUCUCGGCUCUGGUCACCCUGACGACGGCCAACAUGGACAUCGUUUAUAAAGACAUGGUGACCAAAGCUCACCAGGAGAUUGCACUGCAGCAGAUCGUGGCUCACCUGGACUCCAUCAGGAAGGACAUGGUGAUCCUGGAGAAGAGCGAGUUCGCCAGCCUUCGAUCUGAGAACACGAAAAUGAAGCGAGAGCUGGAGCAGCUGCAGAACAGACUGAAGGAGGAGACGCUGAGAGUCCGAGCAGAAACCAAACUGGACAUCAACCUGGAGAGCAGCCGGAUCUCUGACAUGUUUACUGAGCAGGAGAAGAAGCUGAUGGAGGCCAGCACAGACUUCCACCACAAGAAAGCCGACCUGGAGCACGACAACAUGGAGAUCAACAAGAAGAUGGACCUGCAGGUGGCCUCGCUCAAAACGGUUCUGGAGUCUCUGAAACUGGAGACGAUCCGAUACCUGGCAGCCACCGUCUUCUCCUGCCUGGCCAUCGCUCUGGGAGUCUACCGGCUGUGGAGGUGAAGGAGCUGAACUCGUCUCCAUCCUCCACACAAAGUAGUUCCAGUGAAAACGCUUCGAUAUCUGAGUUCAAAACAUGUUGCUGCUAUAAAAUAUCACAAUUUAACUUUAAAGCAACAAAAAGCCAAUUUCAGUUCAUCUCCUCUGUAGUUUACUUCAGUACAACACAGUCAGAGUACUCGGAUACAAACAGACCUGAAUGUUACUUCAGUAGAAGUACACAAGUAUUAACAGCUCACAGUUCUACAUGUAAACAUCCUGCAUUUUAAAAUCCCACUUCAGUAAAAGUA